AUGACGAUGGUUUCGAGUGCACGAAGGCUCACAUCGUUUGCACCACAUACCCGUCAAGAUGCUUCCAUUACUGUCGCAACUAUUCCGGACGCACUACUCACACACGAAUUCGAGAUCUUUACGACAUAUAAAACAUUCUAUUGCACGAUUACAGCGGCAGCACGCGACCUGAACACCUCGCGACUACACGCAGCGACUACAACACAACCGAUACGCCACGCACUUCCAGGGACUGCACCCGAAACCAACAUGGCUUCUAUAUUCACAUUCGAUCCCGAUCCUCCGCGCGUAUCAUCUCCAUGGGCAACACCUCACUCUGGAGACCAUUCCGAGACUCGUAAGCCUCCCAUCGGUGCAACGCCCCUUCCCUCCAAGCCUAGCAACCGUGGUAGUGAAGAAGAUGGGAGUGCGAAGACACAGACGAAUGGUUUGGACUACACUGGUAUCAAAAGACUAGAGGCUGAGCCUCAGGAAGGCCCUACAGAAUACAAACUACACUUGCUCCUUCGACGAAGAAGAUCAUUUACCCGCGCCAGUACGGGUCAGCAGGGUCAUCAUGUAUCAGGAUCCCUCAGGAGAACCGAUAUUCCUGUCCCUGUUCCUGCAGGCCGCAGUGUCUCUGACUCGGGCCUGCUCCCUGAAACCCCUCCUCUAUUGGCCUCCACGCAGUCAAAGCAGCAUCGUCUAGAACAGUUGACCACCCAGCUAUUGUGGCGCCUGCAGCAAUCCUGUUCCCACCACAUUUCAUCCUCAACUGGUUCGAUCAUGCCACAUUUCCCGGAUGUCUCUCAACUUUCCACGCCUGAGAUGCCUCAACGACUCCUACCAGGACUCGAGGAAAGCCAAGGAGCUCUGUACGAGAUCGGCGUUGCCGACGACGGCACCAUUGUAGGUCUUGCGGAAGACGAAAUGGAAGAAAGCCUGAACAACUUGCGCGCCAUGGCUGCAAGUCUAGGAUGCGGUGUCGAAGUCCAGCGACGGGUGCCUGUGGGCGACUGUGAGUGGCUGGACUAUGCUGGUACUCCACAGCAAAAGACGCAAUCGUCUCAACUCUGGGUUGCAGAAGCCUUGGUUCGCCCCGAGCAGCAUCUUGUGGAUUACACGAGGAAGUUUAGAGAGAAUGCCCAGCCUGCAGGUGUGACACCCACUCCAGGUAGGCUGGAAGCUGACGGUAUCAUCAACGAGUCGCAUACGGUGACCGAACAACUGCGCGUUUCCGUUACAGGCGCAACCAUGUCUGGAAAAUCUAGUUUGCUGGGCACUCUAUCUACUGCAACGCUAGACAACGGACGAGGUAAGAGUCGCCUAGGCUUACUCAAGCAUCGACACGAAAUUGCCUCAGGAAUGACCAGCUCGGUCACCCAGGAACUCAUAGGGUAUAGCGAUGACAUCCAGGGCGCGAAUACUACUGCAACGCACGCCAUUAGCUACGGCUCUGGAGAUGUCUCUUCGUGGGCUGACAUCCAUGCGGCGGUCGAGAGCGCAGAACAAGGGAGGCUGGUUUUUCUCUCAGACUCUGCAGGACAUCCUCGUUUCAGGCGGACCACUGUCCGCGGGAUCGUCGGGUGGCAACCACAUUGGACACUUUUAUGCGUCCCUGCAGACGACACAGACGAUUCCUCCGGUAAGAUUGGAGCCUCGCCGACUUCUGAAGAACUACUCGGCCCGGCAGCCGCAGACUUCGACCUGUCGCAUGCCCAUCUACAGCUCUGCCUCGCCUUGGAAUUGCCCCUGGUGAUUGUGAUCACAAAGUAUGAUUUGGCUACCAAGGCUGGCUUGCGUCAAACGUUGUCGAAGCUGUUAUCUGUGCUCAAAGAAGCUGGACGUAGACCAUGCAUCAUUUCUGAUACCUCGCCCUCCGUGCUCGAGGCUGAUUUACACGACGUUUCAGCGACGGAUUUCCACGAAGCUGGAACCAUUGUCAAACUCUUGCAAGACUCUCUACUCGCAGCCGUGCCCGUGAUCCUCACCAGUGCCGUCAAAGGAAGCGGCAUCCAAAAACUCCACGCCUUUUUGCGCCAGCUCCCCGUACCCUCACAACCCUCCCCUCCACCACCCACCUCCCCAUCCCCCCUCUUCUAUAUCGAAGAUGUAUACAGCGUCCGAGCAAGCACCUCGACUAACCGCUCCGCCAUCAUCGGCGGCUACCUACGCUACGGCUCCCUAGCCAUCGGAUCAGAACUCGUACUCGGCCCCUAUCCUAUCGACACCACUUCCGACGAUAGCGACAGCAGCAACGGCCGCCAACCUCCCCGAAAAUCUCUCCUCCCAACAUCACGCUCCUUCCCCGGUGCCCUCGCCUCAAAGGCUUCGCGCAACGCCGGACUCCGCCACCAACAGGCCGAAUGGCGCCGCGUCUGCAUCACUUCGUUGCGCAACUUGCGCUUGCCAGUGCGUGUCCUGCAUGCAGGCCAGGUCGGUACCAUGGGCAUCACCCCCGUUGACUCACCGGCCAUGGUGCACACCCCGAGUAUCCAGCGCAUACGAAAGGGCAUGGUGCUUGCGGCACGCGAGUCCACAGCCCGCAAGGUCAUUGCCGUUCGCUUCGAAGGCAAGCAGGCGUGCGGUGUGAGGGGCUGUGCCGUGGGCAGCGCUGUCGUGGUCUAUAUAAAUAGCGUGAGGGCUAGUAGCAAAGUUCUUUCUGUAUCGACAGCGGGGGGUAUAGCAAGUGCAAGUGCAACUGCCCCUAUCGAUAACAACAACGAGGACACCGAAGACGGAUUCGGCUUCAACUUUGACGACGAGAGUGUGGCUGCGUCGGCACAGCCAUCGCCCGAGGCCACGCUCGUCAAGUUUCAGUUUCUGGCCGCGCGCGAGUUUGUCGAGAUGGGGGCUCGGGUCCUGGUUAUGCCUGGUGGGGGGCCCGGCUUGUCUGGGGGGAAUGAGAGGGGCGCGAAAGGGCUGGCUGGGCUGGAGGGGUUUGUGGGGAAGCUUGUUGAUGAAUGA